AGAUGUCCAAGGCUCUUUUUGAGAAGGAAUUCACGACACACAGCAUCAGACGAUCAGCAGCUCGAUGGGCUGCUCGUUGUGGGGCAGAUGAUAGUACCAUAAAAAGAGCAGGGAGAUGGUAUGUUACAUGUGAAUUAAAAAACCUAUGUUCAAACUUACAUGUACACAAGUGAAAAAGCCUUUUUGUUUUUUUGUUUUUUUUUUAUGCAGCCAAGAGUGCAGUGUAUCAUGAAAUUCAUGAGAUGACAAAAUAAAACAGAAGAUUGUAUCAUUCUAUAGUUUGAAUAAAGUUUAUGUAGAUGUAAUGUAUCAUUACAUUAUCAUUUUAAAAUGGGCAAGAUGUUUAUAUUAGUGACGUGCAAAAAUCUUGGUCUAUUGUUAAGAGGCCAGAAAAGCUUUCUUAUCUUCAAGUAAAAAGCAAAAUGCAUUUUUUAAUUCAUGUAUGAAGUGAAUAAUCAAGUAUUCUGUUAAAAGUAACAAAAGUUUCAGGUUUAAAAGGGAUUCAGUUCUGUGACAAGAAAAUGCCAAUGUGCAACAACGUGAAACAUGCACAGGAAUAAGCACACAAAAACACUUUCUUUUACUUGUGCUUAUGCUUAUUUCACAAGGGGGAACCAAGGUGAAAUAAGCUCAAGGACAAGCACAACUUUUGGUAGUUGACCUAUCUCCUAUCAUGCAGUAUCCAUCAGAAUUGUGAAAACACUGCACUUGUGCAUGGUGUCUAAGGUUGUGCUUAUCACAACUGUGAACACCUUUUGUGGUUAUGCUAGCACUUAUGCUUGCACUUAUGCUUGUGCUCAUCCCAGAAUAAUUGUAAACCAGCCUUAAGUAAACUGGAAGCCCCUUUUCUUUCUUUUAUUGUUCCAUUGCAUUCAGUUGGUUAGCUCAUUGUUGAAAUUCAACUGUCCGUUUACUUACUUCAUUUUAAUCUAUUCUAGUAUUUGCAGUGAGAUUCUUGUUUUAAAAAAAUCUGUGUCAAUGAAGAAUAAUCAUUUUGGCUUGACUGAUUAUUGGUUUUCCUUUCUUUCAGGAAAUCCAGUAGCUUUGAACUGUACACACAAGAUGCUAGAGCAGAAAUGAUAAAGGAACAACAUGAUGGAAAUCCAAUAUUUGAUCAUAAAAUGUGGAUGUUUAAACCUCUACGGUAG